CACUUCUCCCCUCCCUCCUCGCCGCGGAGAUUUCCUCGCCGCCCCCCUCCAAGAUUGCUUCUACCGAUUUCUCUCGAGGAUUUCGGAUCGCUGGAGCUAGCUAGUGCGAAUCCAUGGAGGCGGGAGCUGCGGAUCUCGGAUCUCUGUCGGGGAUGUCGCCGGCGACCCCCGACAUUGGCAGGAAGCCGGCGGCGCGGCGGGCGAAGGCAGGCGCGAGUGGCUCCUCUCGUUCCUCUGUGUCAGCCGCUACGCCGGAUUGGAGGUUCGGCGUCGUCAAGGUGGGGGGCGGCGACCUCGGCUCAGCUCCGUCGGUCGCUGGGGAGCGACCUCAGGCGGAGGGGAAGGCGAGGGAGGAGGAAUGCGCGUCCAGUACCCAGGAGUCCACCGUCUCGCCGCCGGUGAGCCGCUGCUGUGACGGGACUGCGCAGCAGGAAUCCAACACGCAGGAUUCCGCCGCCUCGCCGCCGCUGGUGACCGAAUGCGGCGACAAGAAUGCCCAGCAGGAGUCCAGCACUCAGGAGUCCACCACCUCGCCGCUGAUCAGCGAAUGUGGCGACAAGGUUACGCAGCAGGAAGGUGCUGCCAGUGUGAUCCCUACGCCGGAGAAAGUGGAGGAUACCCCUUGGAGACCGAGGAAGAGGUCCAAGAAGGGGAUGACUCGACUCAAGGUGUUCAAAGAUGAAUCGAUGAAGCGCGGGGGCAGGGCGACCCCAAGGACAGUGACACCUGUUAAAACUAAGACGAAGAGGAAAGCUAAGGAGAAUGCUAGGCAGCCACGUUAUGUUAGCGGUGGCAAGUCAGCGAGGAGAAAGUUGGACUUUGAAGAUGAUCGGGUGACCGUUGAAGGCGAUAGGGAAUUCAGCAGAGCCCAAUUGAUGGAGGAUUUGAGGUGCCUCGCCAAGGUUCAUGGUUUGUGCAAUGAUCUGGGUGCAGGCAAUGGAAGCAAGAAGGGCAGGAAAAGAAAAAAGAUGAGUGGAGAACACCAGGACAAUGGCGAAUUGGCCAUUGUGCCUUUCCAGAAGACCCCAGCUGCCGCAUCAUCAUCUGAGUUGGUUCCAAUUCAGAAUUCUACAGAACUUGCUAUUGUAAACCACAAAAACCACAUGAAGAACUUGCGGGCAAAGGUUUUGGGCCUUGAUGAGAAGACAUUACAAGUGUAUGAUGUUCUGAGGAAGUGGGAUGAGACUGAUAGUGAGAGUUUCGAAGGGUUGGACAUUGGCAGCGGGCCUGAAUGGGAUGAAACACGACGGUAUUUUGAACAUUGCGUGGAUGUGUUUAUUGCUACUGUACAUGGCUUAUUGGGACCAAGAAGAUUUUCUGAAUGGGGAGGAUCGGUGAUGGACUCUGUUGUGGGUACGUUCCUUACGCAAAAUGUUGCUGACAAUUUAUCAAGCACUGCUUUUAUGAACCUGGCAGCAAAAUUUCCUCCAACUAAGAGACAUAUUAAUGCUGAAGUAUGCUCAAAUUUGUCUCCAUUGAUAGAUGACAUGAGACGGAAAUUGAAUUUGAAUGAACAAUCUAAUGGUACUGAUUCUGGUAAUUCAGGUUUUACAAAACCUGACAAUUUUGAGAAGGAGAAUGGGUACAAUAAGGAGCUAAAAGGUAAUUAUGGCCGAGACUACAAAAUGGUUAUAGAGAAUUUUAUAACUAUUAUGAAGAAACAUAAACACAAAGACAUCUCGACGUGGGACAAUGAACGCCUUAAGAACAUGGUGAAGAAUAAAUCUGGAACUCCAGUAUGUUCCAUAAAUACCUUGAAAAAGUUUAUAGCCACGUUGAAGCAGGAAGACACUUCUCAUUGGGAUAAGUUACGGGUGGAAGCAUAUAGUAAGGGAUACAAUAAUAUGAAGGGAACCAGAACAAGCGACUCAGUUGAUUGGGAAGCUGUACUAUGUGCGCCAGAAGUUGAGGUUGCAAAAUGCAUUGCUGAAAGGGGGCAACAUUAUGUUAUGGCAUUGCGGAUACAGGCAUUUCUCAUGCGUGUAAAGAAAGAUCAUGGAACUUUUGAUCUGGAUUGGCUUAGAUAUGUACCACGUGAAAGUGCAAAAAAUUACCUUCUCAGUGUUCUGGGGCUUGGAGAUAAAAGUGUUGAUUGCAUCCGUCUUUUGUCAUUGAAGCAUAAAGCAUUCCCAGUUGAUGUCAAUGUAGCUCGCAUAGUCACAAGGCUAGGAUGGGUCAAACUUCAACCCUUGCCAUUUUCUGCUGAGUUCCAUUUAGUUGGCUUGUAUCCAAUCAUGCGUGAUGUGCAGAAAUAUUUAUGGCCUCGGUUGUGUACCAUUUCUAAGGAAAAAUUGUAUGAACUGCACUGCCUCAUGAUAACUUUUGGAAAGACAAUCUGCACAAAAGUAAGUCCAAAUUGCAGUGCUUGCCCUUUCAGUGCAAAAUGCAAAUACUACAACAGUUCACUUGCCAGAGCAUCACUCCCUCCUGCAGAGGAGCAUGCACAUGAACAUGGCGAAGAUCAAGCAAGCACUGUUACUCCUGGAAGCCUCUUGCUUUCAAAUGUUAGUCACAUACCAGGUUCUCCAUAUGUAUGGCACCCGCAAAUCGAAAUAAGCAUGCCCGCAGGAAGAGAAUCCAUCUGUAACAGUGAGCCCAUUAUUGAGAUGCCUCUGAGUCCAGAAUAUGAAUAUGGAGAAUCACCUAAUGAGCAAGAACCAUAUGAAGAUGAUCUUUGUGAUAUUGAAGAUAUUAUACCAGAAAUACCAUAUGACAUCGAAGUAGAUCUGUUAAAGCAUAUGAUAAACAAUGGCUCCUGGACACCAAACUCUGGAAAAGACUUGGCCUUGGUUAAUCCACGACAUGCUUCUGUUCAAAACAGAAGGUUGAGAAACACAGGGCGUCUUAGAACAGAGCACAAUGCGUACGUCCUCCCAGAUGAUCAUGCAAUCUUGGAAGAGUUUGAAGAGAGAGUUCCAGAAGAUCCAUGUCCUUAUCUUCUAAUUGUUAUUUCUUGUCCUGAUGAGUACACAGUGAAAGGCACAAUUCUGAUACCCUGUCGGACAGCAACCAGAGGAAAGUUUCCGUUGAAUGGUACCUACUUUCAGGAUCAUGAGGUUUUUGCAGAUAACUCAUCUAGUCAUUGCCCGAUUACCAUCCCUAGAGAAUGUAUCUGGAACUUAGAUAGAUGCAUUGUGUACUUUGGUUCAUCGAUACACUCAAUCACAAGAGGUCAAACAAAGGAAGACAUUCAGGACUGCUUCAAGAAAGGAUAUAUUUGUGUUAGAGGAUUUGAUCGGAACACACGAUACCCAAAGCCAUUAUGCACAACAUUACAUGCCACCCGUGAAAGGAACAAAGCAGGUGAAAAUAGCCGGAAGAGGACCAAGACAUCACAAGAGGGGAAGAUUGAUGAUAAAUCAUCUUCGGCAGAAAAAUAACUGAUAUAUAUAUAUAUCACCAUUAACACUGUGUACAAAUUGUAGUUGGAAGCCUCUGUUAGUAUAUCCUACUUAGGAGAAGUAGAUCAGUAGAUGGCAUGGUUAGGGCGGCCAGGUGAGUAAAUAUUGGUUGAGAUCUCUUCAAGGAUGCUGACAUUAGCCUUGUAUAUGCCAAUUUCCUUUCUUUUUAUGUGUAAGCAAUCCAUCCCUUCUUUAUGUACUGGAUCAUGUCUGACACUUCUGUGGGUGUUCAAGCCUGAUUGUUUUGUGCCGACAUAGAUCUUUCUAUUAUUUGGCUGAUGCUAAUUAACUCCCUUACA